AUGGCCAGGAAGAAAUCAGCAGCUAAAAAAGCAAGGGAGGCAGCAGCGCUCAAGGAAAACGCUGCUUCAAAAAAUGAAGUGGUUGUGAAAGACAAGCCCCAAGAUAACUCAGUAAACCCAGAACGAAAGGAAUUGAUAACCUCAGCAUCAUCAACAAAGGCUAAGGCUCGGCCGCAGUUAGAACCAGUGAGCUCAGAAAGCGAAGUCUCGUCAGAGGAUGAGGAAGACGAAUAUGGAGAUCUAAUUACCGAGGAAGUGGAAAUGGGGAUCAACCAAGUCUUGGAAACCAUCAAGACCAACCCUUCCAAGCUUCUAGAUCCCAGCUUAAAAUUCUUCAAAGAUCCCGAAACUGACCUUACCAUCGUCAAGAAAUCGGGCGAGAAGCCCAUGUAUUUGAAAGACUACCAUCGACAGACCUUACUCGAUGGGUCCUUUCGCGAUUUCGACGAGAGUGAAACGGUUGAUGGGGCAAAGUCCUUUGCGACUGAGCAGAAGGAAGAGAAGGAUCGGUUAUUGAACGAUAUCAAGAACGCAUUCAACACUGGAGAUGAAGAAGAAGACAACGACGCAGAUGGAGACGGAUUUUUAAAGAAGAAAGAAAAGAACCACGGGGCUCAUGCAGCGGCAGAUAAUAUUGCCUCGACACGAAGAGAAUUGCCCGAUCCCGAAAAGGACCAACAGGGGUUCCUUUCCGCGUUCCUCGAUAACAAAGCAUGGAUCCCGCAAAAGGGGGACAAGGUAGUCAAUCUAGACAAGAUUGACCAAGACGACGAAGAAGACUUUGAUAACGCGGCUGAGGAUUUCGAAACUGCCUACAAUUUCAGAUACGAAGAUCCCAACUCGACGGAGAUUAUCUCGUAUGCGAGGAACCAAGCCACGUUGAGGCGAUCAAAGACCAAUUCGCGUAAGCGUGCUAGAGAUAAGGAGCACGAGGAUAGGAGGAGAGAAGAAGAGAAGAAGGAGGAGUUGUUGAAGAAGAAGAAAAACUCCAAGUUGAACAAGGUCAUUGACAGAUUGGCCAAGAUUAAAGAGGCUGUGGGCGAUGAAGUGCCCGAUGACGUGAUUCAAAAAGUGUUUGGGGACUCGUUGUUGAAUGACGAUUUCGAUGACGCUGAUUGGGAUAGCAAGAUGGCGCAAAUUUUCGAUGAGCAGUAUUACGAUGCUGAAGUUGAAAAGCCGCUGUGGGAUGAUGAAAUCAUGGACGGAUAUGAUCAAGAAGAUGGAGGAGCAAAUGAGGAGUUUGAAGAUGAAGAAGUUGAAGGCGAAGUUGAAGGUGGAGAAGAAGACGUUGCUGAGGUUGAUGAUGAACCGGUGGGGUAUGUGGAGGAAUUAGAAGACGAAGGCGAACCUCGACGCAAGAAAUCCAAAAAGGAACAAUUAAAAGACAAGAAAGUCGCCAAGAAGCAAAAAGAGGCCCUUCGGGAGAAGGCGCAGGAAAUAAUCGAAGCCAACACUUUGAAACUUCGAGAUGAAAUAGACGAGGAAGAAGACGCUAGAGGUCGAGCUCAAAACCGCAAUAACGAAGAAAUGAAAUUCAAGUACCGCGAAGUGUCGCCUGAAACUUUCGGGUUGACCACGAGGGAUAUCUUGUUGGCUGAUGAUAAGCAAUUGAACAACUUGAUCGGGAUCAAGAAGUUUGCUCCUUAUAGGCCGCGGGAUUUGCGCAUGAAGGAUAAACGGAAGUACACCAAGAAGAAGCAUUUGCAGGAUUGGAGAAAGGAGACUUUCCGAGGAAUGAAGAUGCCUGAUGACGCGAAGGAUGAUGAGAUUUGGAUUCGUGAUGAGAGCGGCAGCUCAAGCAAACAAAAGACGAAAAAGAAGAGCAAAAGAAGCUAA